UAGAGGUCGACUGUUCUUUUUUCUGGAAAAAUGGUGGGCCUGUCCAGCUAGCUAGCUAGCUGCCCAUGGAGUACACGAAACGACAGUUAGUGUUGACAUCACCGUUCUUCUUGCAGCUUGAACAGGGUGGCAGCGAUCGUUCUACAAAUUAAUCAUCUGGACAUCAGUCUGCUGAGUAGCGUACAUCUACUACUAGAUCUACUAGCGUUGCUGUUGUACUAUGAUUGUACUUGUAGUAGUCUCUUGACAGUACAUGUAUGAUGUAGUACUACUGACUGUGUAGUGGCAGUGAUUCAAAGGGAGAAUUUUAGGUAGAUGGUGGAGUGAGAUAAGCUUGGAAUCGACCACCAAGAUCGUAAAUGCCCUGUCGUGUUGGGCAGGUUUGCGGGGAGGCUUGGCAAGCGCAAAGCACCAGUGUUUGUGAAGGCCCAGCGACCGCAAGUUGUCGACACGUAGCGUGAUUCCAGCAAGCUUGGCGCGAGUUUUGCAGUGGACGUUCGAUCUGUAUGACUAUGAGCUCAAGCGACUGGGAAUUUGCUCUUCAGAUAUCGCCUGUUUGCCAGGCGCAGUGCAGUGAUCUUUGAACGCAGCUGCUUGUUGCCAUUCAGCAGACGAGCGACUUACUGCGCCAUCGAGUCGUUUCCGUCAGAUCUGGCUAUUUAGUUCGUGCGAGCGUGGACUGUGCUACCUGUGCAAGUACCCGACAUGGCGGGGACGGACGGACCUGCGACGGACAGUUCCGAGACCGGGGCUGCGGAAGCCGGAGCCGAAAACAUGCAGACGGAACUGGAGCGCUUGCGACGACUGGUGGCUCAAUGGAACGCCAGCCGCCUGGAUCUGUUCGAGAUUAGCGAGCCGAACGAGGACCUGACCUUCCACGGCGUGAUGCGGUUCUUCUACCAAGAGGCCGGCAGCAAGGUGGUGACGAAGUGUGUGCGUGUAGCCAACACAGCGGCGUGUCCGGAGGUCGUGCAGGCGCUGUUCGAGAAGUUCCGGCCCGACAUGAAGAUGCUGACGACAGCCGAGGAGUACUGCCUGGUCGAAGUGCGCGCCAACGGAGACGAGAGACCCCUGGACGAUGCCGAGAUUCCCCUGCUGGUGCAGCUCAAGUGGCACAAGGAUGACUUGGAGGGCCGGUUCUACUUACGUCAACGCAACCGUCCCGGCUAUGCCGGCCUGCCUGCCUCCGCCGCCAGUGCUGCCGAGAGCGGACAGAAAGAGGGCGGCAUCUUCAAGAGAAUCUCACGCAAGAUGUCGAGCGGCAAUCAGCGCGGCCGAAGCAAGGAACGCCGAGGUGCGCCGCCGGCAGCUGGGUCCACGGGAGCCGCGGCGGCCUCCAUGCAGUCAAGCAAGCGCAGCAGCAGCCUGUCUCGCCUCAACUUCAAGAAUCGACAGCAGUCACGCAAGGCAAAACACUCUACACCGUCGGCGUCCAAUCCGUCGCCGGAUGGGAGGCGCGGAUCCGACUCCAGUGACAGUGGUCACGCAGCAGCCGGGGGCGCUGUCGGUGGUGGCGGUGGCGACUCUUCCUCGGAUACGGAUAUGGUCAGCUCGACGUUCACGCGUAGCCUUAGCAACCCGGAGGCGGUGAUGCGUCGCCGACGGCAACAGAAGCUGGUGCAGAAACUGCAACAGUAUCAGGGCAAGGAUGGCAGUCCAGAUAGUGGGGGCACAUUGAAGGUGUUUGGUGAUCUUAUCUCUCCGACAAUCCCAUACAAGAGCAUUCUGUGCUCGGUGGAGGACAGCCUAGCAUCCAUUGUUCAGAAUGCACUGGAGAAGUAUAAUCUGAGCCACGUGUGCAAGCCCGAGGAGUUCACUCUGCUGGUGCGCAUCGAACCGAAACACGCCAACAUCCUGAGCCAUGGCGUGCGUAGCAACGAACAGCGCCUGGUCGACGAUCGGGAGAAUCCGCUCGUGCUGAGCCGCUCGCUGGAGACGGAAACGAACGAGGUGACGUUCCACCUGGUGGCGCGCAACGACGUGCGAUACGGAGCGCAGAACAUCCGUCCCGGCACAACCGCCGUGGAGUCCCCGGGCGACGACCUCGUUUCCCGCAGUCUCCAGCAGCUGCCCUGGCACAGCGAACCGCAGCCGGUACGCACGGACCUGCGCCAGGGUGCCAGGGCAGCCACCGAGCCGAGCAGUCCCAAGUUGGGUGCGCAUCGCCGCCUCGUCUCAAGCACUCAAGCCCUGCACGCUCCUGCCGAUACCUAUGCCGUUGUCAGCCGGCCUCGUCGUGAUUCCGACGUCGCCGCUCCGGGAGCAGGAGUGGCCGAUGCGGCGGUUUCCACGGCAGCAGCAGCGCCACCCGUGCGGCGGACCAGUUCUCUGGGAGCGCUGACGGUGCAGCACCAGAGGCAGAGCAGGAAAACGCCGGCGCGACCCGACACCGCCGAACCGGAAUCGACACCAGAUUUGCCUAGUCGUGGCUAUCGUGACUCGGAUUUUAGUCAUGACGACUCGGCCACACCGCAGCCAACCUACUCGCUAGCCAACCACCCGGUCAAGACAGUCGGCCAGGUAACAGCUGCCUCGACAACAAUGGCGGCAUCGGCUGCCAACAACCGCCCACAGUCGUCCGCUUCGAGCACACCACCGGCCAGUCUGCCGUGCGUGCUGAUUGUGUCACGGGGCCGCGACGACUCCCUGCUGCGUGCCAUCGUGUGCGAUGCCAAGCCGCAGGACCUCUCGUUCAAGAUGUCACCGGCAUUUCUGCUCUACCUAGCCGCCAAGUGCGUGAUACGACGACCCCCAGGCCUGGGGCUUUCUAAAGAGCGAGCCGCCUGUACGUUCCUGAACAAGGUGGUCACCACAAUCGACAUGCUACUGGAGGAUCAAGGUGGCAAGUCUGACGUAGCCGCUCUGUGGCUGGCCAAUGCCAGCGAGCUGCACCAGUUCCUGUCCCAGGACCCGGCACUGGCGGCGGUUACUGCUGGCUGCCAGGCCAUACUUGGCAAGACCACUCUGCUGGCGCUGGACAAACUCGUCGAUGGAUUCAUAGAAGAACUCGUGGAUGAAUUACCAGUGUUCUUGAGCCAGUCCGAGGAGUCAGCUCCGUCGUCUCCCUCGUCCCCUAGCGGACGGCAGCUCUUCACGAGCAAGGAGGCGUCGAUGGACGCGGAGCGGACGAUAAGCGGCGUCCUCGCUACACUGCAUCAUUGCAAGGCGUUGGUGACCCGCUACCAAGUCAAUGAAGGGCUGAUAGAAGAGGUGUUUGCGCAGCUCUUACACUUCUCCAGUGCUUGGCUGUUCAAUCAGCUAGUGCGCCCGACGGUGCCUGACAAGACGACGACGCAGAGAGCAGUGUGCCUGUGUAGCAGGAGCGUGGGAGUUCUGCUCAAGCAACGGCUGGCCAUACUGGGUGACUGGGCGGCACAGCGCGGUCUCGGAGCCGUCGCUGAGCGCAGCCUACUCAAGAUCAUACAGGCCUCAAACUUUCUAGCAUCGCCGAAGAGUCGGCCAGAGUUUGCUGGCGUGAUCUCUGCCAACUGCUACCAGAUCAACUCGGUUCAGAUAGCCACAUUGGCGCGGCUCUACCAGCGGGAGGAGGGCGAGGCUGACAUGCUGCCAACGCUAGUCAAUCAGCUGGUGGUGAUGGCCGAGAACACGGUGGAUGAGGUCAUGCGCGGUAGUGGGUUAGAGGUUGAGCUGGAAGAAGAUGAGCACUUACGCAAUGAUCUGGCCUUGCCACAGACUGGAUAUGUGCAUGAGGAGACCAAAGGCUUGCCCGUGGGAGUCGAGGAGCAGCUGACUGCGCUUGCAUCAGCAGGACUGUGUGAAUAUGCUGUGACGCCGGAUUCACACUCCACCUGGCAGCCAUGGGUCGAUCCCAGCAGCGUGGCAGCCGCAGCUUCCCAGAAGUCUGCUGUGUCAAGUCCAUCUCCUGGGUAUGCAUCGCUGCAACACGUGCAGGCGCAGACGGAACCAGUGCAGCAGCCGCCUCUGACGGGCUACUCGAUGGUCACAAAGGCGACGACAAGCCCAUCGCCAGAGUCUAUUGGUUACGCCACGGUCGGUACGGAACGAGGACAGGACGAGGUUGAGCACUCGCCGCAUGCCCGAGCUGAACAGAGUCCACCGCCGUCGUCGGUCGAUCAGGAGAGGUCGAGCAGCGAGGAUCAGAAGCCUGGGUGCGCCAAGCCGUCGAGAACGAUCAAGCUGGACGGAUUGGACCUGCGUGUGGAAACGGUAACGAUCGACAAAGGCAACAGCGGCAUUGGAAUAAGCAUUGUCGGUGGCAAGGGUUCUGAGGAUGCUGUCGGAGAUGAUGGUAUUUAUAUCAACACUAUCAUUCCUGAUGGAGCAGCAGAUAGGGUUGGUGUGCUGGAUGAUGGUGAUCAGAUCUUGUACAUUGAUGAUAAAUGUCUGCUCGGUAAAGUCACACAAGCAAACGCUGCUAACAUUGUACGUGGCACUGGCAAAGUGGUAGCAAUCACCGUGGCCAAGCACUCGUUUCAGCUGAAACGAGAGCGCCGCCAGGCCAGCCUCUUCGAGCAGGAGCGCCUGCAGGCGCAGCAGCGAGCAAAGGACCUCGCCGAAGGUCGUGGUUAUGAGGACGACGGCAUCACGACGGACGAAGAGCGAGUGAAGCAGGUGGCGAGGGAGAGGCGGCGGAGCCUGAAGGACGAGCGUCAGCCCGGCAAGCGCUCGGCCAGCAAGGACAAGGCUACAACAGAUCACCAGCAGAGCUAUCAGCCUCCGCCGCCUCUUCGCUUUGGCAUCAGCAGUGAUCUAGCCGGAGCUACGUCUUCAGUCUACUCUGAGGUAACAGACGUAUCGUACGACACCGUCGACUAUGGAAGUCCUGCUCGCGGAUCGGCCGAAUACGAUGAUGUAAGAGUGCAGCACCUGUCCCAUGGCAACUCACAUGGCAACUCCUCACAUGCCGGGUUGGGCCUCAAGGGUGCGGAUAGUUCCUAUGAUCAUGUCAUGUCCGGUGACGCUGGUGGCGGUUUUGACAAGAGGAUCAGCACUGGUAGGGGUGCAAUGAACGAUGCAGACGACUCGUACGACACCGUGGAGUUCCGAGAUCCAGUGGUUCAAAUGAAGGUGGAAUCCGACGGCCAGCUAAGAGGAGACCGAACACCGCGAGGGAGCACCACCGCCACUGCAGGAUUGCCCUCGUCGUCGACGGCAACCACGAGCGACGGUAGCGCCGCAGCUCUGCGCGCCACCAGCUCAGCCGUUGCCAUGGCUGCUGCGUCUUCCGUGGCCGGUAGCACGGCUAGCAAGGCAAGCAGUGGCAGUGGUGGCAGUGGCGGCGGCGGCACUCGCAAGAAGCAGAACUCCACGGAGCGGCUGGCAGAGAUGCUCAACUACUCACCGGCGUCCAUUCCCCGACGUCCUCGCAAGACGGAUUCCGGAAGCAGUUCAGUAGACACCACACCACGUGCUCGUCAUCGCAAGCGUGGCAACAGCCUGAACCCCGUCAACGAGGGUGCUGCGGGUGCGAGUGCAGCCUCCGCGGCCCUGGCUCGCAGCAUGGACUUUGGCGGCCAUCUCUCGGUGAACACCACCGACUCGGAGAGCACGGUAUCCAGGGAUACUCGCGCUAGCAGCGCUGCUGCAGCAGCCAUUCGGUCACCGCUCUCGCCCAACGCUGGCGGGAGAGUGGCACACAAGACGUCUCCGAGCGGCACCAGCGAGAGCAGUGCUAGCCAGGUUGCGGCAGCAUCUGGGUCGAGUGACCAACCCCAGCAGCUCAUGAAGUGGAUUCUGGAACAUCAGGAACAGGAGGAAUCCAAAACCUUGCAGAAGAAGAAACAGCAGCAACAGCAACAGCGUCAACAGCAACAGCAAGUGGCAAGCACACACCAGUAUCCUGGUCGUGGUGAUAAUAUGCAGGUAUACAAUGCCGGUGUGGAUCGACCACCAUUACUGCACCUACACCCUGGCAGUGGACGCACGUCACCGUCGACGGCCGGAGAAGAAUACAGCGAGUUUGCGCCCAGUGACUUUCUGUCGGACCGUGCCGACAGCCUGUGCACGUCUUCGCUGGUCUCCACGCCGGUUGCUCCGAGCCCAGGCCCCGCCACCGCAUCGUCCCUGUCCUCUUUCGCCGCGUCGCCUAGCCAGCAGCUGACGGAGUACUGGGCUGAUGACGAUGAGACGACGCUAGGAAUGACGCUGUCUGGCGCAGUACAGCAACAGCAUCAUCGCCAGCAGCAGCAGCAGCAGUCGUAUGACAAUCAUGCCAGGCGCGGAGUGAAUGGCUCUCAGCCCAGGCACACCGUAGCAGCAAGCAGCAGCAGCAAUUCAAGAUCAGCACAGCCCCCGGCCACUGCACCUAAGCCCAAGACGGGUGGUGGUGGUGGUGGUGGCAUGGCUGUCGCACGCAAUCUCUCCUCGCAGUUGCACAACGCCGCUGCGCCCGCUAAGCCUGGCGCAUCGGGCGUGAAUCUCGCGCACCCAGCACAAUGGUAUUCCAAUGAGGAGCCAUUAACCACGCACCGGGCACCGGGCUCACAGCAGCAUUUGAAAUCAGCGAACGGAGAGGGCAGUGAUGUUUUCGUUGACGCUCCCCAAUCGGCGCAGCACAACGAGCUGAAUCGCUCGCAAAGCCAGCAGCGCACGGCCAACCUCAGCAACAGCUCCAGCUCCGAUCUGCAGAGUCCUCGCAGUCCGAAUGCAGCGCCCGGCCCUGCAAAGCGCAAGCCCCCGCCGCCGAAACGCAACAUAUCGCUGAGCUCUGCGAGCAGUCCAGGAGCCACUACACCGGCGACGGCAGAGGUGGCAGGUUUGUCCGUACGUCACCAAGCCGCUGCCUCUGUACUGAAUGGUAAGCUGCAGAUCGGACACAUGGUUGAUCAAGAGGCAGGCGCCAAGGCGUCAUCGUCCUCACGUGUUCGCUCUCUCCAGACCUCCUCCAGCAGUGUGUCGUCACCCAACAGUGCAACGGGGGACGCGACAUCGCCACAGCAGCAGCAGCAACGAGCACCGCACGGCGCCCAACCGGACGGUGCCGUCAGCCCCAGCCCCAUGGCGCAGCAGGCGCGUUCGCCGCGCUCUCUGACUCAGCCCAACUCUCGGCGCGGCUCUCAGCCGCAAGUCGUUCACCCUCAGUUUGCGUCGCACACAAACCUGGAUAUGCGUAGCACCGUACUCUCACCCAACGCUCCGAAGGGCGGCAGCAAGUUCACGUUCGACGCCGUCAAGGUGCACCAAACGCCGCAGUCAGUGAAGGGCGCCGCGUCGAACAUCAGCUCUCCUUUUGCAUCCGACAACAGCCCACCACAGCCCACCUUGCCAGCAGCUAUCAGCUCUACGAACGUGGGAGUCGCCAGGUCUAACCACCACCAGCAGCAGCAGCAACAAAUAGCAAGCACUAUGGCCAGCUCGACUACUAUGUUGUCCAGUGGGACUCAGUCAGUGACAUCGGCAAGCAGCCAGACCAUCGACGCCAGUCAAUCAACGAGACACCCCGUACCCAGCACAGCGGUGAAUAGCUCUCAGCAGCACUUGCAUCAGCAGCAGCAGCAUCAGCAGCAUCAAGCAUCAGCAGCACCGGCGGCACAGCAGUCUUACAGAGCACAGGCGAUGAGAACCAGCUCCAGUGGGGCGUCGACGCCGUCCUCACGUGUCCCUGGGCCUCCUCCGCCAGUACUGGCCAAGCCGUCGUCGUCAACUUCAGCACAGCUUGCACCUGUCGCGGGUCAGGCCAGACUCACGCAAACUAUCCCGCAGAACCAGCAGAACCACCAGCAGCAGCAACAGCAGGCACGUCUGAAUCAGCCACAGCGGCUGCAGCCUGCUGCAAUGUCUCCGCAGCUGCAGCCGACACAGGCUCAACAACAGCAGGCACAAAGCCAGUUCCAACAGCAGCAACCGCAUCAACAGCCACAGCAGCACCAGCAGCAACAGCAGCAGCAGCAACCGCAUCAACAGCCACAGCAGCAACAGCAGCAGCAGCAGCCACACCAGCAGCACCAGCAACAACAGCAGCAGCAGCAGCAACACCAGCAGCCUUACCAACAGAGACAGUAUGGCCAUGGCACCACCAGAGAUGUGCGCUCUGGCACACAGACACCCGACUCGCAAGCCACUAUGCACACACAGAAACCCCAAUCAGCACCGCAUGGCCAGCAGCUGCAGUCUUCUCAGCAACCUCACCUGCAAUUACAACAGCACCAGCAGCAGCAGCCACAGCACCAGAGUCUUGCACCUGCGAGUGGCAAUCAGGCUAUUGGUGCUGCGCCAGCGCCGGUCAUCACUGGUCCACUGCAUGCUCGCCGUGUUUCCGCUCCCAACAUGGCCGGACCUGGUGCUGCUACAGCCACAGCCAGUGUCAGUACACAGGCGAUGGCUGUGCGUAAAGUCUCCACUCCACCUGCCACGUACGGCCGGUCGGUGAACGCAGCAGCACAGGGAAGCGCUCUGCGCAGCCCGGCUAGCAACGAUCAGGCAGUGCGUGCGCAGGCUGUGCAGCAAGCACACCAGCAGCUCUCCUACGCCAGCUCUCCUCCGAUUAGCAGGCAGCCACCAGCAGCCCCGCGGCAACAGCAGCCAAUACUUCAUCAGCAGCAGCAGCAGCAACAUCAACAACAUGCUAACGCUAGCCGACCGUAUCAUCACUCACAGCAGCCACCAGUGGCAGCCAACGCGAACAAGACGGCUGCUUCACCUCAACCGUACCGCCAGCAUCAUCAGCAGCAGCCCCAUCAGCAGCAGCAGGCCAGAUCACCCCAUGACCCAGCGGCCAUGCACUAUGGACAGCAGCAGCAGCAGCGACAUCAACCAGCACAGUCACCCAUCGGUGGAGCACCGGAACCAUCGCGUAUUCGCCGCCCCGAGAUGGACAUGCUCUAUUCCUCCAGUGGUACACAGCAGCAGCAGCAGCAGCAGCAGCAGCAAUCGAAGAGUAGGAAAACCAGCCGUGCAGAGACGCCUACAAACGGCAAGAAGUUCUUUGGUAAUGCUAGCGGCGGUAGCUCGAAAACCAGCUCUCCGCACGGCACUAUGCCCGCAGGUGCCAGCAGCCAGCAGGGAUUCCCAGCCGGGCGGCAACCAAUGGCUACCGGACUAGCCACUGCCCCAUCCCCCGUCAACACCCUGCGAACAGCAUCACCAGCUUCAGCACAGGGUGUUCGACAGGCCGCACCCAACUCCCUGUCCGCUCCAGUGCCCGGCCGCACGCCGCAGAACGUCUACCAGGCGUCCGCUCGCAUGCCAAGUGCGGGCGGCGUUCAAGUGCAGCCUCGAAUGGUUGGCAGCUCGCCAGCAUCUGCUGGUGGUGCUCCCACGGCUAUGGCACAUCCUACACGCGGGGCACAGCAGCAGCAACAACAACAACAACAACAACAGCAGUACUGGUCGCCAGCUGCACAGCAAGCAGCCCACCAGCACGCUCAAUCCCACACCUAUGGUCUGGUGUGAGUGUUUGAGCGACUCAGCACGCACUCAGAUGCGUAACGACAACAGUAAAACUAGACAGAUUUAUUGACACUACACCCGUGAGAUCCCUUCUCUUUUUUUAUGCUGUACAGACAGACAGCUAGAAUUUCUGUUGUGCUGAUCCAUUCCAGGACUACCAAGUGCUAUUAUUAUUGUCCAUUGCCUUUGUUUUCCUCCUUCUUUGCAUUCUGAGUGCAUCUGAGACAUUGAACGAUGCAUUUAUUGGUUUUCCAAUGUUGGCCUCCCGCAUCUGACAAUUUCAUUUAUUUCCGCUAUGUUUCCUGAAGGGAAGGAACAUUUCUGUGCACUCUCCGUUGAAGAUGACGAGGAAGCACUCGCCUAAUAAGGACUGGCUCGUUCUGAAUGUGUACUGUAACGAUGUUAUGCUAAUAUGCUGGCUGCAGGAGCACAAGCACUUGCAGCAGCAUUCUUUUCUUCUGUUGGCAAGUUUUUUACCAUCACUAUUUUUUCCCCACAGUUCGCUGUUACACUUGGUAUGUCACUUGUUUUGCUUUCCUUGCGUUCUAUCAUUGCUACUCACACACUAUCUUCUGCCUUGAUAUAAUCUUCACCUUAUCAGGUUGCAUUCA